GUCCCCAGUAUAUUAUACACACACACUAUACAUACAGUCACAUACACAAGCUCUGUCAUACACCUUGAUAUUUUCUCCUCUUCGUCAAGCACUUCACUUCAACUCAAUUUCCCUUAAAAACCCAUUUUUCUCAACUUCAUUUUGCAGGUUUUGAUUGGUAUCAGGACUGUAUUGACUUUUUUGGUGUUGGGAAUUGAAGCCAAUCAUGGCACAGAGUAAUUGGGAAGCUGAUAAGAUGCUUGAUGUUUAUAUAUACGAUUAUUUACUGAAAAGAAAACUACAUUCAUCGGCGAAAGCUUUUAUGGCCGAGGGGAAGGUUGCUAAUGACCCCGUAGCUAUCGAUGCGCCUGGGGGAUUUCUCUUUGAGUGGUGGUCUGUUUUCUGGGACAUUUUCAUUGCAAGAACUAAUGACAAGCAUUCGGAGGCUGCUGCGUCUUACAUUGAGACACAACAAAUCAAAGUAAGAGAGCACCAACAGCAGUUGCAACUUAUGCAGCAACGGAAUGCACAAUUGCAACGAAGGGAUCCUGGUCAUUCAUCCCUUGGGGGCCCAGUAAAUACUAUGAAUUCUGAAGGAAUGAUGGGACAACCAUCAGCCAGUGUCUUGGCUAUGAAAAUGUAUGAAGAGCGGAUGAAACAUCCUCAUUCGGUAGAUUCAGAAGCAUCACCUGCUCUAAUUGAUGCCAAUAAGAUGGCCCUGCUUAGAUCCGCAGCUAAUCACCAAGGCCAGUUGCUUCAAGGAAAUUCUGGGAACAUGUCUGGGUCUUUGCAGCAAAUGCGUCCCCAAAUGACCAAUGACAUGAAGACUGAAGUGAACUUGGGCAAUCAGAAAUCUUUGCCUUCACAAGCAUCAUCCAUAUAUGGACAAGCAAUCUUGCAGUCAAAGUCUGGUAUGCCAGGAUUAAAUCAAGGAGUCACCGGUCUUCCACUGAAGGGUUGGCCUCUUACGGGAAUUGAUCAACUACGGCCGAAUUCAGGUCUACAAGUACAGCGGCCGAAUCUACAGAACCAGAAUCAAUUUCUCUUGGCGUCACCAAACCAACAGGCGUUAGCCCAAGCUCAGGCACAAGGGAGUCUUGGAAACUCACCUAACUACGGGUUUGGUGGAUUACCACGGGGUGGAUUAAAUGUAAAAGAUGCUCAGCAGGCAAGAAAUGAUGGAUCUAUAUGUUCACCAAAGAUGAUGACUCAAAUGCAACAAUCAUCCUCUCAGCAUGACCAGUUAUCGCAACAGCAACUGCAACAGCAGAAUAAUAAUCGAAAAAGGAAACAACACUCGUCUUCUGGACCAGCUAAUAGUACUGGUACGGGAAAUACUGUAGGUCCUUCACCCAACUCCCCAGCAUCAACUCAUACACCUGGUGAUGGGGUUAAUACUGCUAGUAGUCUGCAGCAUGUAAGCAGUGGACAAAAAGGGUUGAUGAUGUAUGGUUCAGAAACAGCAGGUCUCACAUCACCUGCAAAUCAGUUGGAUGACUUGGAACAUUUUGGAGAUGUGGGAGACGUUGACUCCUUUUUGUCAAAUGAUGGUGAAGAUGGCCGAACUUUAUACGGCACGAUUAAACAAAAUCUUACUGAACAUAAGACAGAGUCUUCUAAAGGAUUCUCUUUCGGAGAAGUUGGUUGUAUACGGACCAGAAAUAAAAUCACAUGCUGCCAUUUCUCUUCCGAUGGGAAGCUGUUAGCUAGUGCCGGUCAUGAGAAGAAGGCUGUUAUUUGGAACAUGGAUACCUUGAAAACAGAGAGCACUCCUGAAGAGCAUACGAACUUGAUUUCAGAUGUUCGUUUCAGGCCUAAUUCAACUCAACUGCUGACAACUUCAUUUGACAAUUCUGUAAGAUUGUGGGAUGCAGCUAAUCCAAGCUACUGUCUGCAUGCUUAUACUGGGCACCCUUCUCAGGUCAUGUCCCUAGACUUUCAUCCAAAGAAGAAUGACAUGUUCUGUUUUUGUGAUGGUAACAAUGAAAUUCGUUACUGGAACAUUAAUCCAUUUACGUGUACUCGAGUUUCAAAGCAAGGAGGUAGUUCACAAGUGAGAUUUCAACCAGUAAGUGGUCGCCUAUUAGCAGCAGCAUCAGAUAAAGUUGUGUCCCUCUUUGAUGUUGAAACUGACAUGCAAACACAUUCUUUCCAGGGACACAGCAGUGUGAUUAACUACCUAUGCUGGGAUCUAAAUGGUGAUUAUUUGGCUUCCGUUUGUGAAGAGUCUGUGAAAGUUUGGUCAUUGACCUCUGGCGAAUGCAUUCAUGAUUUUAGCUCAAACGGAAACCAGUUCCAUUCGUGUGCUUUUCAUCCAAGCUAUUCAGCUCUCUUGGUGAUUGGUGGAAUGACGUCCUUAGAGUUGUGGAAUAUGGCCGAGAACAAAAGAAUGACAGUGCCAGCACAUGAACAUAUGAUUGCUGCAUUAGCACAGUCCCCUGUUACAGGAAUGGUUGCUUCUGGAAGUCACGACAGUUCUGUGAAGUUAUGGAAAUAAUAUUUCUGGUAAAUUACACUGUUUGGAGCUGAGCAACGCUGGUAUCAACUGUAUUCUGAACCAUCAGAGCUGUCUCUUGAGGACAUUGUGUAAAAGUUUCUGAGUAUCUCUCUCAUAUUUAUAGAAUGUUUUGUUUUGUUGUGUCAAUGAUAGAAAUUAUACCUACAGCGUCAUUUUGGUUUAAAGAUAGCAGAUCGGAGAGGAACACUUAGUGAGCUCUCCGGAAGAUUAAGGAUUUUAGAUUCUUCUUAGCCAUCGAUAUUACAAUAACAGUAGAAAAGUAAUAGUACUGCUGAAUUUUAAUGCUAUAUUUCAUGUUGGAUAUUCAA